AUGGUGGCAAAACAGAGAAUACGCAUGGCCAACGAGAAACACAGCAAAAACAUCACGCUGAGAGGCAACGUGGCCAAAUCCACGGUAAGUUUUGGGAUACAAUCAAUCAAUAGUCAGUGAAGACUACGUUACUAGAUACAUUUCUAUUUUGUUUGAAAAUAAUAGCCUAGCUACUUGUUUGAAUGGUUUCAAAAUAUCUAAAAGUUUCCUUUAACGUUUUGAUGUAUCUUGAUGUUGGUUUCUGUAGAGAAAUCCAGGUGACGACAAGGUGGCAGUGGGACCAUGGCUUCUGGCAUUAUUCAUCUUUGUCGUCUGCGGAUCAGGUAAAUGCAUAUGUACAGUGUACACGAAUGUAUUUUUCCAAUGAUGUAUACAAACACAUGUUAUACAUUAUUGGUUUAUUCCCCCAUGUUUUAGAACCUAUUGAAAAUGAAUCUAGGCCUAUGUCUCAUGAUAAACCAAUUGUUUUACAGAGGCUAAUAUUACGUGAUUCAGGUUAGGAGUACCCCAUUCAUAGACGCUAUAACUACCUUUUAGCGCCUUUUGAUGAAGGUAUCUUCUUCCCGGGGGACUUUAGUUAAGAGCCCCAUCCUUGGUCUGAACUAGCCCAAUAUGCACUCUUAAGAAGCCUAAUGUUACUGUUACUCCUUAAGGUCCAAUGACCUUGUGUUAUUUUCAGAGGUAGACUGGCUCUGGAAGCCAAAACAGCCAAAUACUCUAAACUUCAAUCGAUUCUCAAUUGUGAUACAGUUCUAGAAACAUAAAGCCAUUUACUUUCAUAUCACAUCUAAAUAAUUUUACAAAUGCAAAAUACACACAUACUGUACACUGUUUUAACUGCCUUUAUCACAGUUGCAGUCAACAGUAUUUUUCAGUGACAACACGUUUCUGGCAGCCGCCUUCUUUUACACACAGGUGUUCGGAGCAUGCUAUAGAUAACUAAUUAGCACAGGUGGUCCCUCUGUCUUCCGUAAACAUGAAACAUGGCGAUAUGGCUUUGUGGGAAUACUAACCGUAUAAAAGGUGUGUAUCUAUUGAACGUUUUGUUUUUCUCGCUGAUAUGAAAGAUAAGGUCCUUAUGCUUCCAAAACCGUACCGCAAGCGAUUCGUGUUAAUGUUCAGACUGAGCAUCUGGGCUCUUAACAAAACUUCCCAAUACAGAAGAGGCCUUCAUCCAAUGACUCUUAUUUGUAAUGUAAUGGAACUGAGAGUCAUGAUCAAGGGCUAGGUCUGAACGUGAACAAGCGGCCAGAGCCAGUCUACCUCUGAACUAUCUGUUUUUGUAAUGUGAUUGAGGGCCCUAUUUAAUCUCUCUCUCUCUCAAACUUAUCAAAUGCUUAAUAGUGUUCUCUGAUAUUUUUCAGCAAUCUUCCAGAUCAUUCAGAGCAUUCGAAUGGGAAUGUAAUAUCAGGAGCCCUACCGCCAUCACCUGUUUCCAGCAUUCCUCUACACAUCAAGUGGUUUCAUGGUCCCUCACAAGACUGAAGAUGAUCAACUACCAUCUGUCCAUUCCUUUUUUCCUAUUUCUCUUUUCCCCUCUUUGGCAUUGCCAAACGGGGUAACACACCCUUGUCAUCAUUGCCUUACAUAACUGAAAAGAAAAGAUUGGAGAUGUUGUUUCAGGGAACUACAUGGGUAUUUGUACAGUGAUGACUGCUGUAUGUGUUGAUUGAUGUGCCAAAACCAAAUGGUGUGAAUGUCUGAUAUUCUCCUGUGGCAUAAAUUCCAGAACACAAGACCACAGUGACUUCAUUCUAGAACUAAACUCUUAGCUCUUCUUGGUUGUACACGGCCAGUAUCUGGUGUCUUAUACCCUUUAUAUUAUAAUGAAUAUAUUAUGUGACACCUUUUCUGUAUUUCCAGUCAUUUUUUCAGUCAACGAAAGGAAAUGAAGGUCUUUUGAAUCAGAAGAUUUGCACUAUGUGUGGCUAAGACAAUGACAUCUACUAUUUCUGCCUAAACAAACCUCUAAAACAAAUGAAAAAGGUGUAUCCUUGUUAGUGUUUGACAUGUUAUUUUCUUGAGGGGCUGCAUGCCGAAUAACAUUGUAUCGGUUCAUGCACUUCAAAUGUGUAAUGUUGUAUGAAAGAGGAACAUUAACAAACAACUAUAAACAACUGGUCCUGUGUGGCUCAGUUGGUAGAGUAUGGUGCUUGCAACACCAGGGUUGUGGGUUUGAUUCCCAUGGGGGAUAAGUACGGGGGAAGUACGAAAAUGUAUGCACUCAAAAAUGUUUGGAUGGGAUACAUUUUACUGGGGGAGCUCAGGUAAUGUAAUUAUGUGCACAGGCACAAAUGACCACAUCUGUAAAUUUUGUCCCUUCCGAAUCUGCCAUGUCAGUAGUUUUUACUCGGCAGGAAGGUUUAUUAUCCCAGCCAUGAAAACCUACUAUUUUUCGGCAACCUCAUAGGUCCUCUGAUAAUACUUAUCCCGUGCGAAUCGUCAUCUCUGUGUUUUGAGGGAUAUUACAGAGUUUAACAGGUGCUGCACCCAGUUUGGAUAAGAACACGGGAACAAAUUGAUGCUUCAAACAAAGUGCUAUGCACGUAGCCUACUUUCUUAGUGCCAUACUUCUCUUUUAAAAGAUGAAGUGGACGAUAUUGUGCUAAUGAAUUGAUAAAUUGCCAAAUACGUCAGGUAAUUAAAUGUCUGCAUAGGUUACUGUUCAUGGUUCUUCUUGAUAUGCAUUAUUAUUUUGACUUUUACCGUACUGAAGGCCAUUAGGCCAAUAUUAGGCUUUCCCUAGACGUUUGAAAUAUCUUCACGCCUAGAAGAGCCUCCAGGCUUCCGUCAUAACUGUCAAUUUUGAAUGAGGAAAAAAAAGAAUUACGGGAGCAGUUUGGUAAAUCUAAUCCCCUCCGAAUCGUCCACUGGAAAAACGGACAUGCUGGGGUAAUAAUUCCAUAACCGACGUUCCAUAGUAAUACUAGUCCCGUGCGAAUAGAGAUUUUAGUCCCUAGAGUUGGAAAAUGAGUGAUAGCAGUGCAGCAUUGGUAUCUUUCUCUGUGUUAUUACUCUUUCAUCCCUCCAUCCCAUUCAUUUUGCCCAUAGAGAUUAGCACCCUAUGAUAAACAACGUCAGUAUACAACAAAUUAAUGCUCAUGUAUACCCUUUAAUCAUAUAUCAUUGGAAAGCUUAGAUUCACAGCUAUUCAUAAUAAUUUUCGGAAUGUUCGGGUCAACAGAACUUUGACCUUUAGUGGAUAUAUCAGAAUUACCUGUAUAAAUGGCUUUAAAAAGUAAACCCUGAUACAUUUUAAGCUAUGUUUCUAUGUUUCUAAAAGGUCAUGAAAUUAUGUUUCAAAUUAUAUAUAAUAUAACCAACUUUGAAAGCAAAGCUACAACUAUUGUUUUAAAAUCCCAUACAUUAGAAUGUUGGAAGCUUAGUCAUAGAAUUCCAUGUAAUGGGGCAGCUAUGUUUUGGAUUGUAACUUUGGUGAUAGAGGCACCAAAUUGCGCACACACAGCUAGAACAGGGUUUUAAAAAGAUUUGUAGAUACAGGGCCAUCACAGAAUUCCCUCAUUAACCCCACAGAAGCUUUUUUCCAAUAUGGCCGCCAAACAACUCAAUGGGGUCUUAUUGGAAAGUUUCGCAUGACCGUACCUUUAUGAAAUAUAAUUGUAGUAUAUGCCCAACAUUUUUCAUAGUAAUGUAGAAUAUACAACCACAUGAGCCAGGUGUGCCAGAUAUACACUGAGUGUACAAAACAUCCAUGACAUAGACUGACAAGGUGAAUCCAGGUGAAAGCUAUGAUCCCUUAUUGAUGUCACUUGUCAAAUCCACUUCAAUCAGAGUAGAUGAAGGGGAGGGGACAGGUUAAAGAUGUUUAAGCCUUGAGACAAUUGAGACAUGGAUUGUGUAUGUGUGCCAUUGAAAAAAUAAAUGGGAAAGAGUGAUAGCACACAGAAACCUACCAUUGGUGCAAUGCCAUCAUACAUUUUCCAAUUCUAGGGACACAGACCUUCAACAAAAUCACAAUGGCCAAAUUUGGGGGUCUGGCUCAUGGACUAUAUAACCAGUGGUCCCGUUACCUCCCUUUCCUCAGUAUGCAGUGACGAUCUGACACACAAUUUAAAGGGCUUCACCAUCAUGAAUGAGGACGAACGCUACGACACCUUCAGUCAUUGUCGCUACGUUGACGAGAUUGUACGGAACGCACCGUGGACGCUCACGCAGAAGUUCCUUGCUGACCACAGGGUGAGUGAGGAAAAUGAUGGGGGACAUGACUAGCUUGCACUCAGUCUGCACCGGAGAAUAUAACUUUUCACAAGAUUUUUGCGCUCUGUGUUCGGAAUGGCUAAAGCUACUUCUGGAUAACUAUUGGGUAUGCAGGCUUUUGCUACAGCCGUACUCGAACACACCUGAUUCAGCUAAACAAUUCAGCUAAAGUAUACAUACCGCUUGACUUAUUCAACAUUUUGUUGUGUUACAGAAUGAAUUCGAAAUUGAUUUUUUAAAAAUGUUCUCACCCAUUUACACACAAUACCACAUGUUGACAAAGUGAAAACAUGUUUUUAGACAUUUUUGCAAAUAUAUAGAAAAGUCUAUCUCAUUUACAUACGUAUUCACACCCCUGAGUCAAUGCAUGUUAGAAUCAACUUUGGCAGCGAUUACAGCUGUCUUUCUGGGUAAGUCUGUAAGAGCUUUGCACACCUGGAUUGUACAGUAUUUGCACAUUAUUGGUUGUUGAUCGUUGCUAGACAGCCAUUUUCAAGUCUUGCCAUAGAUUUUCAAGCCGAUUUAAGUCCAAACUGUAACUAAGCCACUCAGGAACAUUCAAUGUAAUUUUGAUAAGCAACACCAGUGUAUAUUUGGCCUUGUGUUUUGGUUAUUGUCCUGCUGAAAGUUGAAUUAGUCUCCCAGUGUCUGUUGGAAGCAGAAUGAACAAGGUUUUCCUCUAGGAUUUAGCCUGUGCUUAGCUCUAUUCUGUUUCUUUUUAUGACAAGCAUUCCCAUAACAUGAUGCAGCCACCACCAUACUUGAGAAUAUGAAGAGUGGUACUCAGUGAUGUGUUGUGUUGGAUUUGCCCCAAACAUAAUGCUUUGUAUUCAGGACAUAAAGUUAAUUUCUUUGCCAGUUUUACUUUAGUGCCUUACUGCAAACAGGAAUAUUUUAUUGUCUAUCUUUUGAAGUCUGUCAUUUAGGUUAGUAUUGUGGAGCAACUACAAUGUUGUUGAUCCAUCCUCAGUUUUCUCCUAUCACAGCCAUUAAACUCUGUAACUGUUUUAAAGUCACCAUUGGCCUCCUGGUGAAAUCCCUGUAAUUUAUUAUGUGACUUGUUAAGCUAAUUUUUUUUACUCCUGAACUUAUUUAGACUUGCCAUAAAAGGGGUUGAAUACUUAUUGACUCAACACAUUUCAGCUUUUCAUUUUUAAUUAAUUUGUAAACAUUUCUAAAAACGUAAUUCCACUAUUACAAUAUGGGGUAUUGUGUUUAGGCCAGUGACACAUCUCCAUUUAAUCAAUUUUAAAUUCAGGCUGUAACACAACAAAAUGUGGAAAAAGUCAAAGGGUGUGAAUACUUUCUUUAUGUACUGUAGCUUUCCAGGAUGUGUGUUGGCCAUCGGUCACUCUGUGUCAUCAGUUCUGCAAACAUUUUGUUCGUCUUCCAUUUGACAGAUUUACUUUGUCGCGCACGACGAUUACCCAUAUUCUUCUGCAGGAAGUGACGAUGUUUACAAGCACAUCAAGGCGGCAGGUGGGCAUAGUUGCAACAUUUAGUAAGGGCUGCACUGGCAAGACUUAAGACCAGUCCAGAAACAACCCCCAGCCCCUAGGAACUAGGAACCUAUCAGAAGGCUAGGUGGAACAACUGCCAUAUUGCUUAUACCUAUCAAAUCCUUGCAUGUUUAGAGAAAGUGCCAAGGUGUUUGGUUAUGGGUUGCUUCUUGGCAGGACUUUCAGACGUAAGUAUGCCCCCAAUGCAAUUCUAAAGUCCUAAUACAUCCACAGUGUGAUUUCAACAGAUUUUUGUCAAAUUAACAAAUUAUUUUAUUUUGUUGAAUUUAUAUAACAACAUUCCAAACUCGUUUAGCAUGAUCUAUUCCAUUAUGGCACUAUUUGUAUUAAUUUGCAUCACUUUCUAUUAGAUACUUUUUUAUUUUGAAGGCGAACCACAAAUUCCACUAUUGUGGCUAAUCCUUAUUGUGUCUAGCUUCACAUAGGUGGGUCCGACCAUUAUUAAUCAAAUAAGAACUGUCUUAUAAAUUAGGGGUAUUUUAGAUUAUGACAUCUAGCUAGAUAGUUAACUAGCUAACUAUAGCUACUGAAACAGAUUGUCGUUUUGCUAUGUUUUUGGUGAAGAACAUUGUUUGCAUCCAUCAGCUAGCUCUUCAUAACACUUUUCACAACACAUUAAGUGUGUUCUCUCAGACCACUACUCUACUAUCACAUACUGUAUCUACAAAACAAAAUCCAUGUGUACGUGUGUGUUGAGUGCGUGUCUUAUGUGUAUGUGUGUCUGUGCCUGUGUGUGUGUCUCUUCACAGUCCCCGCUGUUCCAUAAGGUGUAUAAUUAUCUGUUUUUUAAAUCUGAUUCUACUGCUUGCAUCAGUUACCUGAUGUUGAAUAGAGUUCUAUGUAGCCAUGGCUCUAUGUAGUACUGUGCGCCUCCCAUAGUCUGUUCUUGACUUGGGGAUUGUGAAGAGACCUUUGGUGGCAUGUCUUGUGGGGUAUGCAUGGGUGCCGAGCUGUGUGCUAGUAGUUUAAACAGAACAUUGUUUGCAUCCAUCAGCUAGCUAGAUUUGUUUAUGACCAGCACUGUCCCAAAGAGCCAAAUGGCGAUCCAUAACUGACUGGCGUUGUGCCCUUGAACAAGGCACUUAACCCUCCACAACAACUGCUCCACGGCCACGGUAGUAUGGCAGCCCCCUGGUCCAACCUCUCCAACCUGUAUGUGUGUCUUUUGGAGGGGUUGGGAUAAAGUGGAAGUCAAAUCCGUUGGACCUUGUGUACAAUUGGAUGAAUAAAGUGAUCUUAAUCACCAUGCCCCCCUCUUCCUUAUCAGUCAAAGUCUGUAAGUUUGAUAUUUUGAUAUUGUGUAGGGAAUAUGGUGCCAUUUGGGACAGAGCCAUUGAGAAUGGGAGGGUGUGGGUCAUGACCCGGGAGUUUUUCCUGACCCUGUGACUAGAAAAAAACAGGGGCCACAGUUCUAGGGUGUUACUAGGGCCCCAUGUGUUUCCUGGUCAGCAAAAUCUCAUGGCUCCCAUUUUAUGAGCAGCUAGGGGCCCCAUUCUACCCAUGAAAGUAGGUUAGGCUAAUUGCUUUGUUUUGUCCAACACCAAUCAGAUCCAGCCACUGUCCUGCAUCGAGCUAGAUCAGUGAAGCGCCUCUGUGAGUUGCUAUGGGUUGUUGUUUCAGAACGGUGACAAUAUUGACACUAUCCUUUUUCCCGAUGUGUGCACGUGUUCACUUUUCUUCAUGUAUUUGAAAAGAAAUGACUGGUAUAAGAAAUAUGAUGUAAACACCCUUGUGUAGCCCAUAUUGGGACGCAGGAUCUGUCUUUCGAUCUCUUUCUCUGUCUCUCUCAUUUCUUCACUUCUCCCUCUAUAGAAGCACAUGCUAAAGGAGGGGAAGGGGCGGAUGCUGCAGGCCAUAAGCCCCAGGCAGAGCCCCAACAGCUGCCCGACCAGAGAGUGCUCGCCCUCUCCGCCGCCCUCCUUCUGUCUGCCCUUCUUCACCAAGACCUCUCCUCCCUCAGUGGAGCAGAUAGCAUCAGUGAGGACGACGAUUAGAAGCCUCCCUACAUCUUUCCCUCCAUUCCACUCUCUGUCUCUGUGGCUGAGAUGGUGCAAGUCAGGGUUAGGGUAA